AUGGAGAGUGGUGGAACAUACACAGGUAGUAGUAGUUUACACAUAAGCAGUCCUAACAUCUGGAGGAACAACAAUGCCAUGGAAAUUUUCUUAAGUUCUUCUCGAGCAGAAGACGAUGAAGAAGCUUUCGAAUCGGUUACUUUAGAGAGACCGCCUACAUAUUCACAUAUAAGGAGAGGUAUGCUCACUUAUACAGAGGGCCAAGCCAGAGAGAUUGACAUAAGGGCUCUUGUAUUACCGGCGAGAAAGGAUUUGUUAAAUAGGCUGGUGAAAAUUGCAGAAAAAGAUAAUGAGAAGUUCCUGUUAAAGCUCAAGGACCGCAUAGAUCGAGUUGGACUUGAUAUUCCAACUGUUGAAGUUCGGUUUGAGCACCUAAAUGUAGAGGCAAAGGUUCAUGUUGGAAGCAGAGCAUUGCCUACAAUAUAUAACUUCUUUAUCAAUAUGUUCGAGGGAUUCUUGAAUUAUCUUCACAUUCAUCAAAGUAGAAAGAUACCCUUACCAAUCCUUCAAGAUGUGAGUGGCAUCAUUAAGCCUCAAAGAAUGACAUUGCUUUUAGGCCCCCCAAGCUCUGGAAAGACCACAUUAUUAUUGGCUUUGGCUGGAAAACUUGGUAAAGAUUUAAAAUUUUCGGGAAGAGUUACAUACAAUGGACAUGGAAUGGAAGAGUUUGUGCCGCAGAGGACAUCAGCUUAUAUAAGUCAAUAUGAUCUCCACAUAGGAGAAAUGACAGUGAGAGAAACACUGGCUUUUGCAGCAAGAUGUCAAGGUGUUGGACCACGUCAUGAGAUAUUGGCAGAACUAUUAAAAAGAGAGAAGGCAGCAAAUAUUAAGCCAGAUCCAGAUGUUGAUAUCUACAUGAAGGCAGCAGCACUAGAAGGACUGGAGACCAGUAUAGUUACUGACUAUGUUAUCAAGAUUAUGGGGCUUGAAGGAUGCGCUGAUAUUAUUGUAGGAGAUGAAAUGUUAAGGGGAAUUUCUGGUGGACAGAGAAAGCGAGUCACAACAGGUGAGAUGCUGGUUGGCCCAGCAAGUGCAUUGUUCAUGGAUGAGAUAUCAACUGGCUUGGACAGCUCAACGACUUUCCGGGUUGUGAAUUCAAUCAGGCAAUCCAUCCAUAUUCUCAAAGGAACAGCAGUUAUCUCUCUUCUCCAGCCACCUCCAGAAACUUAUGAACUAUUUGAUGAUAUAAUUCUUCUCUCAGACGGACAAAUUGUGUAUCAAGGUCCCCGUGAAAAUGUGCUUGAGUUCUUUGAAUACAUGGGUUUCCAAUGUCCUCAGAGGAAAGGAGUUGCUGACUUCUUACAAGAAGUGACAUCAAGGAAAGAUCAAGAGCAGUACUGGGCACGUAAAGAUGAACCUUACAAGUUUGUUGCUGUGAAGGAAUUUGCCCGAGCAUUUCACUUCUUCGACAUUGGUCGCAAACUUAAUAAUGAGCUUGCCACUCCUUUCAACAGCUCCAAAGGCCACCCUGCUGUUUUAACCACUAAGAAGUAUGGUGUUAGCGAGAAAGAGUUAUUCAGAGCUUGUGUUUGGAGAGAAUUCUUGCUUAUGAAGAGGAACUCAUUUGUCUACAUCUUCAAAAUGAGCCAACUCACUCUGGUAGCUUUUAUAACCAUGACACUAUUUCUAAGAACUGAGAUGCAUCGAGAUACAGUGAAGGACGGUGGUAUCUAUAUGGGUGCUCUUUUUUUCACUGUACUUGUAGCUAUGUUCAACGGAAUGUCAGAGCUGAAUAUGGCCAUCAUGAAGCUUCCUGUCUUUUACAAGCAAAGAGACCUUUUCUUUUAUCCUUCAUGGGCAUACUCUCUACCCACAUGGAUCCUAAAGAUUCCAAUCACUCUUGUAGAAGUUGCCAUUUGGGUGGUGAUGACUUAUUAUGUCAUUGGCUUUGAUCCAGACGUUGGAAGGUUUUUCAAGCAGUACCUCAUAAUCCUGUGCAUUAACCAGAUGGCAUCUGGACUGUUCCGAUUUUUGGCUGCAUUAGGAAGGAAUUUGAUUGUUGCUAGCACAGUUGCGUCACUCGCUUUACUUGCAGUGGAGAUUUUGGGAGGAUUCAUCAUAUCUCGAGAGGAUGUGCCGAAAUGGUUGUAUUGGGGUUACUUGGUCUCACCACUGAUGUAUGGACAGAAUGCUAUAGCUGUGAACGAAUUUCUUGGGAAGAGUUGGAGACAUGUACCUCCUAAUUCCUCAGAACCAUUAGGAGUUUUGGUCAUGAAGUCUCGUGGUGUUUUUCCACAAGCAGAUUGGUAUUGGAUUGGAGUAGGAGCUUUGAUUGGAUAUAUUUUUCUGCUCAAUUUCCUUUUCACUUUGGCUCUAAAGUAUCUCAAUCCUUUUGGUAAGCCUCAGGCAGUAUUAUCCAAAGAGACAUUGGCUGAGAGAAAUGCUGACAGAUCUAGAGAUUUCAUUGAGCUAUCAUCUAAAGGAAAGAGCUCUCCUGGCGGGUCAGAUUCUUGGAUUGGAGAAGGGAUUGAAGUUCGAAGAAGUGUAGGCAGAAUUGAUGAAUCUUAUCAAAACAGGAAGAGGGGAAUGGUUCUUCCUUUUGAACCCCUAUCCCUCACUUUUGAUGAAAUCAGAUAUGCUGUAGACAUGCCACAGGAAAUGAAAAUUGAAGGUAUUCUUGAGGAUCAAAUUGAACUUUUGAAGGGUGUGAGUGGUGCUUUCAGGCCAGGAGUCCUAACAGCUCUUAUGGGUGUUACUGGUGCUGGUAAGACCACUCUAAUGGAUGUCUUGUCUGGAAGGAAAACGGGUGGAUAUAUUGAGGGAAGCAUCACGUUAUCGGGGUACCCAAAGAAGCAAGAAACAUUUGCUCGCAUAUCAGGCUAUUGUGAGCAAACUGAUAUUCAUUCUCCUCAUGUUACAGUCUAUGAGUCUUUGCUAUAUUCUGCAUGGCUUCGUUUAGCCCCUGGGGUUGAUUCUGCAACAAGAAAGAUGUUCAUUGAGGAAGUCAUAGAGCUUGUAGAGAUGACCCCAUUAAGGGAAGCACUAGUUGGCAUGCCCAACGUGAAUGGCCUCUCAACCGAGCAGCGCAAGAGGCUGACCAUUGCAGUUGAGCUUGUUGCCAACCCAUCUAUAAUAUUCAUGGAUGAGCCAACCUCUGGCCUUGAUGCCAGAGCAGCAGCAAUCGUAAUGAGAACAGUGAGGAACACAGUGGACACAGGACGAACAGUGGUUUGCACCAUUCAUCAGCCAAGCAUUGAUAUAUUCGAUGCCUUUGAUGAGUUACUUCUUUUGAAAGAGGGAGGGGAGCAACUAUAUGCUGGUCCAUUAGGCCGCCAUUCUUCCCAUCUCAUCAAGUACUUUGAGGAAAUCAAUGGAGUUCCUAAGAUUAGAGAUGGUUAUAAUCCUGCAACUUGGAUGUUAGAGGUUACUUCAGCUACACAAGAAGCAGCUCAUGGUUUUAACUUCAGUGACAUAUUCAAAAACUCAGAACUAUACAGGAGAAACAAAGCAUGGAUCAAGGAACUAAGUACACCUACAACGGAAUCCAAAGAUAUAUACUUCCAUACUCGCUACUCUCAAUCUUUUUCCAUGCAAUGCAUCGCUUGUCUAUGGAAACAACGUUGGUCUUAUUGGAGAAACCCAUCAUAUAAUGCUGUGAGACUCUUAUUUACAACAUUCAUAGCUCUGUUGUAUGGGGUGGUAUUUUGGGAUCUCGGUUCCAAGAGGAGAAGGCAACAAGAUCUGUUCAAUGCCAUGGGUUCCAUGUACACUGCUGUUCUCUUUAUAGGAGUACAAAAUGGCAUGUCUGUGCAGCCAGUUGUGGCAAUUGAGAGAAUAGUCUUUUACAGAGAGAGAGCAGCUGGAAUGUAUUCAUCUCUGCCAUAUGCCAUUGGACAGGUUGUUAUUGAGCUUCCAUAUAUUUUCCUUCAGACUGUGGUUUAUGGGUUUAUAGUAUAUGCCAUGAUGGGAUUCGAACAGACGCUUAGCAAGUUCUUAUGGUAUCUUUUCUUCAUGUACUUCACCAUGGUAUACUUCACAUUCUAUGGGAUGAUGACCAUGGCCCUUACUCCCAACUACAAUAUUGCUGCCAUAGUUUCAACUGCCUUCUAUGGAAUAUGGCACCUUUUCUCAGGAUUCAUUGUCCCCCAUACGAGGAUACCAAUUUGGUGGAGGUGGUACUACUGGGGUUGCCCCGUUGCUUGGACCUUGUAUGGAUUGGUUGCUUCACAAUAUGGAGAUGUAGAGGACGUACUUGAGUCUGGUGAAACAGUGAAAGAUUUCGUCAGGAGUUACUUUGGGUAUAGACAUGACUUUCUGGGUGUAGUUGCUACAGUGAUUGUUUGGAUCCCAUUGUUUUUUGCAUUCAUCUUUGCCUUGUCAAUCAAGGCAUUUAACUUUCAAACAAGAUGA